AUUCGAAAUACUACGCAAAUUCGUGCUUGAAGUUUGAGACUGACGAAAAAUAUACGCAAACAGCUGAAUUACAAAACAAAGAAUGCACGUGGUGUCAUUGUAGUCUAGGUGCGCAGUUAUAAUUAAAGGAAAACUAUUUAACAAUUUUGGCCCUAAACUGAAUAAUGGAGGACUCCAAUGGUGAAAUUGACACUUCCAAUUGGGUAGUUGUAGAAACAGCAGAAGAAGCGAUUUUAUUGAACCAGAAUGGCUCAGAUUCAGACCUAGAUUCUGAUGGUAGUAUCAGUAUCAUAAGUGAAAUACCUGCGGAAAGUUAUUCUGAAGACGACGAUUUUCAAAGCAAGGUAGAUGACGAACCUCAAGAAUUAACCAUAAUUGAUCAAAGUAAGGUCAGCCCUAUCAACAAAGAACUACAUCCUGCAUAUGUUGAAGAGGACACAGAAUUGAAUAGCAGUGGAGUGGCUAAGAUACAGGUGCCCAGUGCUUCUUCAACUUGUGACUCUGACAGUUGCGAGAGUUUAUCUGACACGGCUAUGGAAUCUUCUUCUGUAGAUACCAAAUCACGCCUGGAUGCUGAAACUGAUGUUAAUUCAUCUCAAAAACGAAGAUUUGACAGCACAGUUCAAAAUAGUGAAAUGAAUAAUUUACCCGUCUCUAUAAUCCAGACUCAUAUAACGGGUGCUGAACAGGAAAAUAAUCCUCUAAAUUUGCCAUUAAAGCUAACAAUAAAUAUUAAUAACAAUGGUAUACUAGUAGGGGUGAUUAUUUUAUUGGCUUCUAUUAUAAUUAGACAGUAUUUAACAGAUUCAAAACAGUAUCAUUUAGAUGCAGAAAAUUUUGAAUCACCUGGUAAAAAUUACCUUAUUGAAGAAGCUCUUGGUUUUUGCAUUCAAAAGCACAUAGCAAGUACUUUUAAUAAAAGAAGCACUAAAGUUGAUAAGUGUGUCGAGAAGAGAAUAAGGAAAAUUCAUAAAACUGAUAUAUGGAAAGAUGAAGAGCAAUAUUUGCAGCUUAAAGAGAAAUGGUUUGAUAUGGUACAAAAUAGGCAGUUUGAAAAUUUGAUAAAACAAAAAAACUUUGAGGACACUGACAAAUCAAAAGGAAAAAGAACAUAUCAAGAAAAUAAGAAAGAAAAACCCCAUCAAAAUUCGUUUUCAUGUGAUAAGGGUAGCGAUAAAUUUAUGAAAAACAGCGAGAAAAGGAAGUAUGAUAAAGCCAAAGAAAAGAGCAGAUAUAACCGGGAGAAGUAUAACAAAUUUGAGAAAAAGAAUAAGAAAUGUGAAACAAAUAGAUUUGAGGGAACCAAUACAAAGAUUAUAAAAGAAAACAGUGCAGAAAAUUUUAGAAAAAUGGUUCAAACUGAAAAAAAAAUGUUUAAGGAAAAGAAUACCAAAAUUAAGAAAGCCACAUUUUCAGAUGCUGAAAAAGGAAAAAACCCAUACAAAUAUAUGCUUCAAAAUGUUAAAACUGUCAAGUCAAAUUUUAUAGAAAAACCCAAAAUCCAUAUGAAAAACAAACAAAGUAAAGAUGGCAAAUACAAUUUCAACUCUAUGCCAAACGAAUGGUACAUAAAAUUUAAUCCAGUUCAAGAUACUGUUGAACUCAUAAAUAUAUCAAAAAAUGAAGAUCAACGCUUUAUUUUAACAGAAAAUAGUAACAAAACUGUAAAUGGUCAGUGGUAUGUCAACUUAAACUUAGCCAGAUCUCAGUUCAGAAAAAAUGAUAACACAGCCAAUUGGUAUUUUGACAGAGCAACUUAUAGAGAUGCAAAACGGAACAAAGCAAAAUGGUAUUUUGACUAUAUGACUGGGCGUGAGGAGAACAGAUAUCAAAUAUAAAAUUAAAAGUUAAUCAGUAUCAAGAAUGUUGUUUUUAAAUCCUCUUCUCAAUGUAUUUUAACCUAGCGUAAGUAGUUUUUGUGAGUUAUUUGUUUUAUAACAAGCGUUUGAUUUAGUUCUAAGGAAAACAAAAUAGUUCAGCACACUUCAGGGUAAAAAUCAAUAUUUUCCUAUUGUAAAAAAUGCUCUUUUUUCUUUUGAAAUAUAUGUAUUAUAAAAAUUGCAAUUUAUUAAAUCA